AUGAACAACAACCGGAAAAUGAUGUGGACAACACUCUGCAAGCAAGGGGACAAACAGACUGAUAUACAAGACCAAGAACUGUACGAGGACUGCACUUUGCAAGAUGACAAUGAUGAUGAAGACUUCGAGCUUUUCCUGAGUGCCAGUGACAGUGAGUCUUCAGAUGAAGAUGGCUACUAUGACCAGGCAGACAGUUUCAUGGAAGAGGAUCAGCUUGAAGAGACUGACAUUUUUGGGGAGGAAAAUAUGGAUGCAGAUGGGUUCAGGGUCACAGAAGACAGCCCUGAACAUUUGAUGUUGAAACUGCUUGCAUUUAUGCUUUUGACAUGGCAAGCUGUUUUUAAAAUAUCAGACCGUGCAAUUUUUGCACUCUUGCAGUGCAUAAGACAAUUAAUUUGGCUCAUGGGACAUAUUCUGUGUGUGAACACACUCUGUGGGCUGGCUGGAAAGAUCCCUAAGACUUUAUAUUCACUCAGGAAAUGGACUAACAUCUGCAGAGACAGCUUUAGCCAGUUUGUGGUAUGCCCAAAGUGUAUGGUAACAUACACAAUUGAGGAAUCAUACACCACCUCUAGAUCCGGUGCAAAAAUCAUCAACACUUGUUCUUCUAGACCUUUCCACAAACACCCACAAAAGAAAUUAAGAAGCAAAUGUGGAACUCCUUUGAUGAGAAAGCUUAUUGGCUCAAGUGGUAAAGAAUACCUGUAUCCAAUCCGUGUCUACUGUUACAAAAAGGUCAGUCAGUCUUUGGAGACUUUGGUGAGAAGGUCUGGAUUUUUGGAGAAAUGUGAGCAAUGGAGACACCGCAGCAUGCCUCACUCUGUCAUGGGGGAUGUAUAUGAUGGGAAAAUCUGGCAGGACUUUCAAUAUGUAAAUGGUCAACCAUUUCUAUCAGAACCUAAUAAUUUUGCACUGAUGAUGAAUGUUGACUGGUACCAACCCUAUAAGCACUCCCCAUAUUCAGUCGGUGUUAUAUAUCUUGUCGUUUUGAAUUUGCCGAGAGAGGAACGCUUCAAAGAUGAAAACAUGAUUUUAGUUGGAGUGAUACCAGGACCCAAAGAACCCAAACUCAACAUGAUAGCAUAUCUUGAGCCCUUGGUUGAUGACCUCCGAGAAUUGUGGGAAGGAGUUGUUCUAAUGGACUCUUCACCCUUGGGAUGCCAGGUUUACAGAGCAGCAUUACUCUGCCUCUCAUCUGAUAUUCCAGCUUCCCGCAAGUGUGGUGGUUUUGUUGGCCAUGGAGCACUAAGAGGAUGUAACAAGUGUCUGAAGAAAUUCACGAAAACAUCUUUUGGGGGAAAAACGGACUUCUCCGGAUUUGACAGAUCAACCUGGACUCUGCGCACCUCUGAGGAACACAAAAGAUUUGCAAAGAUGACAGAGAAGGCUACUACAAAGGCAGCCCAGAAGAAACUGGAAGCGCAGUAUGGUGCCGGGUGGUCUGAACUGUUCUUCCUGCCAUACUAUGAUGCCAUCCAGUUUGUUGUCAUUGAUCCCAUGCACAAUUUACUCCUCGGAACUGCUAGACAUGUUUUCAAACUCUGGAUUGAGUGUGGGGUAUUAAGUAUCCAGAAGCUUGAAGAACUCCAAAAAAGAAUGGACUCUCUCAAGGUGCCACAGGAUGUUGGAAGGAUUCCUCUCAGAAUUGCAUCAGGGUUUAGCGGGUUUACAGCAGACCAGUGGAAAAACUGGACAACCAUCUAUUCAUUGUUUUGUUUAAAAGGCUUGAUUGAGGAUCCAGAUUAUGAUAUGUGGUUUGAUUUUGUGCAAGCCUGCAUUAUUAUGUGUUCAAGGGUCAUCUCACAUGAUAGGCUUGAAGUAGCUGACUGUUACUUGCAAACAUUUUUGUUGAAGUUUGUUGAACUGUAUGGAUCUCUUCAUUGCACACCUAACAUGCACUUACAUUUACAUUUAAAAGAAUGCCUGUUAGAUUAUGGUCCCGUCCUUUUGGUGUUUCUCAUUUGA